AUGACAGCUGAGAAGAGCGGGCCCGUUAUAAACGGUAAACCAGAGGAUGGCAGAGACCCGGAAGGGUCCAGCUCCAGCCUAGACAACGGGGAAUACAAUGAGAGGGGCCACUGGAACAACAAGAUCGAGUUUGUGCUGUCUGUGGCUGGGGAGAUCAUUGGGCUGGGCAACGUCUGGAGGUUUCCUUACCUCUGCUACAAGAAUGGAGGAGGUGCAUUCUUCGUUCCGUAUGUCAUCUUCUUCGUGUGCUGUGGUAUCCCUGUGUUUUUCCUGGAGACUGCCCUGGGUCAGUUCACCAGUGAAGGAGGCAUCACCUGCUGGAGGAAAGUCUGUCCGCUGUUUGAGGGUAUUGGCUAUGCAACACAGGUGAUUGAAGCUCAUCUAAACGUGUACUAUAUAGUGAUCCUAGCCUGGGCAAUCUUCUACCUCUUCAAUUGCUUCACCACUGAGCUGCCUUGGGCUGGCUGUGGACACUACUGGAAUACAGAGAACUGUAUUGACUACUAUGGAGAAAAUGCCACCAACAUCACAAACCCCAACGCUACUUCUCCAGUCAUUGAGUUCUGGGAACGCAGAGUACUGAAGAUAUCAGAUGGUAUUGAGCACAUGGGGGGAAUGCGCUGGGAGCUGGCCAUGUGUCUGGCCCUAGCCUGGUUCAUCUGCUACUUCUGCAUCUGGAAGGGACCCAAGUCAACUGGCAAGGUUGUAUACGUGACAGCUACCUUUCCUUACGUCAUGUUGUUGGUCCUGCUAAUCAGAGGAGUGACGCUGCCAGGAGCAUAUGAUGGCAUCAAGUUCUACCUCUACCCAGACAUUUCGCGUCUCUCUGACCCUCAGGUAUGGGUAGAUGCAGGAACCCAAAUCUUCUUCUCCUAUGCCAUCUGCUUGGGCUGCCUUACUGCUCUGGGAAGCUACAAUGCCUACAACAAUAACUGCUACAGGGACUGCAUCAUGCUGUGUUGUCUGAACAGUGGUACCAGCUUUGUAGCAGGUUUUGCCAUCUUCUCUGUGCUGGGCUUCAUGGCCUACGAGCAAAAUGUUCCCAUCGAAGCUGUGGCAGAAUCUGGUCCUGGUCUUGCAUUCAUUGCGUACCCUAAGGCUGUUACUAUGAUGCCUCUGUCUCCACUUUGGGCCUGUCUCUUCUUUAUGAUGCUCAUCUUCCUCGGCCUGGACAGUCAGUUUGUGUGUGUGGAGAGUUUAGUGACAGCUGUGGUGGACAUGUACCCAGAGACCUUCAGGAGAGGCUACCGCAGAGAGCUACUGAUUCUCGGCAUGUCCAUAGUCUCCUUCUUCAUAGGUCUCAUCAUGUGUACAGAGGGAGGAAUGUACGUCUUCCAGCUGUUUGACGCGUACGCUGCCAGCGGGAUGUGUUUGCUGUUUGUGGCCAUAUUUGAGUCCAUAUGUAUCGGCUGGGUGUACGGUAGUGACAGAUUCUACCUAAAUAUUGAGGACAUGAUUGGCUACAAACCUGUCUUCUUCAUCAAAUGGUGCUGGAUGAUCCUGACCCCGGGCAUCUGUGCUGGAAUUUUUCUGUUCUUCCUGAUUAAAUACAAACCGCUGAAGUACAACAACGUGUACACCUAUCCUGACUGGGGCUAUGGUAUUGGCUGGUUUAUGGCCAUGUCCUCGAUGGUGUGCAUCCCUCUGGGGAUUAUCUGGAUGAUCUGGAAGACUCCUGGCACCUUCUCUGAGAGAAUGAAGAAGCUGACGACUCCCAGCCCAGACCUGAAAAUGAGAGGGAAACUAGCUGCCCUCAGUCCUUUCGCUGCCAACGAUGCAAAACUCAAGGUUGAUGGGAAAAUAUCCACCAUCUCAGAGAAGGAGACGCAUUUCUAA